CUAAAUGAAGGAGGGAGUGAUCUUGAACAGGGACUAGUUCAAUGGGGUUGCCCAGGGAUCAGCUUUACAACAACUGCUUUUUUCAGUGUAUACUGAUGACAUGAACAAGUGUGUGCACAGCACAUUUUCAAAAUUUUGCAUAUGUUACAAAAUGAAGAAACAUUGUGAACUGUGAGGCGGAUGGUUAGGAUCUGGAAAUGCAGUGCCUGAGUUUAGUGCAGACAGGACAAAUUGAGAAUUUUAAGAGGAAACUGGAGUAUCCUCUGAAAAGGAGGGAUGUGCAGGUUUAUGAGGACAAAGCAGAGGACAAGCACCAGGGGAAUACCUCGUUCAGAGAGCAAGCAGAAACUCAACAGGCUGAAUGGUUUCCUUUGUGUGCUGUAAUUAUUCUGUGAAUCUAUAUGACUCCUUCCCACUUCCCCUUCUCUCUUUCUUCUAUCCUCAAUAAAGCAGCAGUCACUCAGCGCUGCUUUAGACUAUCAGCUGAGACUCUAUACUCCACCUAGGAGGAAUAGUAGACUAUUUUCUAAAUUACAUCCAGCCUGCGAUACUGCCAUCGUUGAUAUAAAGCAAUGAGCAAUUUUUAGCACGUUCCUGUAAUUCCAUGUGGAGCUCUUUUGCAUUCUAAGUCCAGUCGGGGAUUUCAGUGAAUUUAUUACAUCCCCUCAUGACACCGGUGCCCAGUUCGUUCAUUUUUUAAAAAAUAGCAAGCCUGCUCCGAAUCUAAUUGCUGGAAGCCUCUGGGACAUAAUACUUUCCCUUUCUACUUGGAUGUUAUGUUCAUUCUCACUCCCAGACAGCCAACCUUAUGUUUUUUCUCUCUCUCUCUCUGUUAACUGGCGUUCGAAUGCCAUCAGUGAAUUGCCCGGGUGUUAGUGGGGAAAAUGCUUUAUUUGCAUUAAUCCUAUGGAAUGAGCUUGCUCAUGUUCUGUCUGAUUGAAUGAAUACCGAUCAGCUGAUUUAGAAUUGUCCUGUGACGCUCCACAUGUGGUUUCCCACUAGACCGGAAGAAUAUUCUCUGCUACAUUGUCGCGUCAUGUGUUGCCUGGUUACAGGUGACAACAACACACCAGCAACCUCCAACGUCUCACGAACAGGAUAAAGUGACAGUCUAGCCUGUGUUGUCUCUGUGUGGGAAUAACUUAUUGAGUUGGUUUUCAAGGGUAUUUAUUACAUUAUGUCUUUGAGAGACUUUGGAACCCAAGGGCAGGAAGUGAAACCUAAAUUUAUGAGUCGUGCCAAGCAAUGGACUGAAGAAAUAGAAAAUUUAUACAGAUUUCAACAAGCUGGAUACAGAGAUGAAAUUGAAUACAAGCAAGUAAAGCAAGUAGAUGGGGUGGAUCGUUGGCCAGAUACUGGGUAUGUGAAAAAACUUCAAAGACGAGAUAACACAUUUUAUUACUACAGUAGAAAAAGAGAAUGCGAGGACAAAGAAGUCCAGAAAGUCAAGGUUUAUGCCUAUUGAUCAAUUCUUGUUUGUCACACGUUUGCGUCUAAAUAAAUCAAAUCAAC